AUGUCUUCAGUUUCUCGUUUACCUUCACGUUUGCCUACAACUGGGCAUAGUGAAAUUACGACUAGUCAAAAAUCUUUAACGAUUCCAACCUCACAAAAAUCUUCUAUGAUGCGAACAAAUUUGAAACCGCCAACUACAAUCUCAAAGCCUAGCUCUUCUAUUACUCCACCGCAAUCUGGUAUUCAGUCCUCUACGAUUGAGGUAGAGUCUUCCCCACCAAAUCAUAGUGCUGCGAUGAAUACUCGCCUGAGACAACCACUUAAAUUGAAAAAUGAUUCAAAUAAUGCAAUUAGAAAAAAUGAAGAAAGCUUUCCACAAUUUGGUAGAAAUACACGUGUCGCUCCAUAUGACCCUCUCGGCACCACAAAAUUUUCUGGUAACAGCAAUAUAAAGUCUAAUCCUUCAUCAAGAACAUUAUUCAACCUCAAGAAAAGCAAUUCUUUGAGUGUACGAUCUAGUAACGUUCCAUCGACUGAAAUGGAUAAUCUCCGCACGGAAAAUUCACAACUCCGUAUUGAGCUUGAAAGACUUCGUGCAGAACAAGCCAAAAUUUUAGCAGAAAAUGAACAAUUAAAAGCAGAAAAUAUAGAACUUUUAAAAGGAAAAGAACGUGAUUUGGCCCAAUAUCGAAAUGAAUUGGAAAUAGCUAAUAAUUUAAUAAUCGAACAAUCGACCACCAUGACCGAACAACAAUCUCUUAUUGAAGAGCUGAUGGCUCAGUUAGAUGAACAAGAGCAAGUUUGUCAAGACCUCCAUAACAUGAUUGAUACUUUCAAAGACAAACAAAAUCUUUCAGCCAAAGUUGAAAACAAACCAAAAGUACAAAUAACCAGAGAGGAUUGUUCCACAGUUCAAGCUUAA